GAUAUUGUGGUUACCAACAACAAUAAUGGCGGCCUACAUGCAGACGUUUGGUUUUAGAUUACCUAAGUAGUGAUUUUUAUAAAAUAGGAAAUUCAGCUAUCUUUAAAUAAGAGUAACGUGGCGCCAUUAUUUGUAGCAGAUAAGGGAAUACAUACAUAAGCAAAGAUGGAUGAAAGACACUGGUGGAUAGCCAGUAAGAUCCAAGAAACUUUCAAAAUCGGAGGUUACGAUAAUCCGACUUUGUUGGAGGACUUUAUGAUUGAAGAAACGACACUUGCCAAAAUCAAUAAGUUUCUCAAAGCAGGAGGGCCAUGUCGUUUAUUCUUUUAUUGCGAAAAGCCAGAAACUGGUAUUGUUUCUACUCGGGAACUUCAUGUGACAGGGACAUUGGCAUCCCUGAAGGAUACAAACUUGGAACAUGUAAACAUUUUAUAUUUCCUCCGUAAUCGUGUUGAUAAAGAUGUUGAUGGAACAAGGAUGGAACGGGAUAUAUUUUGUGGAGAACUUAAGCAUAACACUAUAGAAACACUCACAACCCUGUUGUCUGAUGUUUACAUUCCUCUGGUUAAAGCCCAGAAGGAUUGGGGUGAAUGCAACCCUGAUGGCCAGAAUCAGCUGAUGAAUAACAUGGACAAAUUUUUGACAGCUCUCAAUGAAUCAACAGCGUCAUUACAGUCAUCAAAACAGAUGAUGUUAAAACAGCCAGACCACAUUGUAUUGAAUGAUUUCAAACAGCAAAGGGCAGCAGCUUUAGAUCCUCAGCUUAUUAGUCAGUAUGAAGAGUUAGUCACAGAAUGGAUGAACACAAUAGAGGCAGUUCUCACAGAUACUUCUGAUGAAAGAUUUAUGGAUCCAAAUGCCGGUCCACUGUCAGAGCUCGAGAGAUGGCGUAGACGUCAACGGUUACUGACCAAUAUCACCGAACAACUGAAAGGGAAAGAAUGUAAAGCUGUGAUUGGUGUUCUCAUCACUGCAAAGUCACGACUUCUGAAGAAAUGGAAACAAAUUGACGCAGCUAUAACAGAUGGAAUGAAUGACACCAAAGACAAAGUGAAAUUUCUGGAGUCUUUAAAGCGGCAUUUUGAUCAGUUGUAUAGUGUAGAGUCUACACCGUCUAGCAUCAUAAACACUGCCAUACCAGGACUAGCUAACAGUGUCAAGCAGAUGGAUUCUAUUUCCAGAUAUUACGCUCGUACUGGAUUUCUAGGGCUUAUGUUUACAAAGGUCACAAACCAGCUAGUGAUGGCAUGUAAAGAGUACAUCAAGAACUGUACACUUACUAUGGAGGAUGAUGAUCUACUCUGGGAUAGAAUACAGGAAGAAAUAGAGAUACGUGACACCUCAAAUACAGAUGUCGACCCCAAAAUUAAACUUCUUAAAAGCCAAGUAGAAUCAAAAUUAAAGCCUGGUGCUACUGGAAGGAACAAAGCUAAAGAAGGUCGUGACCUUGGUCUCCAGGACGACACACUUUAUGGUAGAUUAAAGGCCUGUCUGACACUUCAAGGUUUCUAUAGAGAGACACUGAGAUCACUGCGAGAUUCUAUUGGUCAAUCUUCUAACAUGUCACACUUCCCAUCUCUCAGUAGUGUAGGAGGACCUGGAAGUUUUACUACCAGGUUUUUUGUCAGAACUAAAUCCAGCCAUAUUGGGAUUGGGUCUAACAGGGGAUUGUUGAGUGGGACCUCACGUGUGACAGGAUCCUCACCGAAGAAGGGCGUGUCAUCUCUACUAGCUGAUGUUCAAGGUCACGGUGUACCGAUGACAGAUGAGGAGGCGAUUAUGUCACAUUUUGAUUUGUUCUGUAACAGGAUUAGACAGCUGAUAGAUGUUAUCAAUACAUUAGCUCAGUAUACAAAGAUGGUAAAAUCUACCCGAGGUGUGCCAAAACCAAGGAAGGAAGAUCUUGUGAUAGAUGAUGGAUCUGAACAAGAGGAAUGGAGGAAAUAUAAGAAAACCGAUGAUGCCAAACCUAUGCCAAAAAUUGAGUUUGAGGAAGAAGAUCCAGACCUAGCUCAGGUGACAGUAAAGAUGGCAUCACCAGAUCGUAGUCUAAGGGUGAUAGCAGAAGAUGAAGAAGUGCUGGAAGAAGAAGAUGCUGAUGCUGAGAAAGAUGAGAAGAAAAUGGACAUCUAUACUGCUGUAGAACAAGGUGAUGAUGUUUUCAAUACACAAGAAAACAACCAGGGACUAACAGAAGAGGAACUGGCAACUCUCAGAAGGUAUUAUCCUGAAGAUGAGGAAGAUGAAGGCCCAGCUAUAUCUACAAUAAUAGCUGAACAUUUGACUAAUAUGACAACAUCAUUGAGUGUAAAUGUUACAACAAAAACAAUGCUUGAUGUGGAGUCAAAGGACAAAGACAGAUUUGAUGACCACUACAGCAACUUCUCUAAGAUUGUAGGAGAUGUAGAGAAGUUUCUGGCCUCGUAUUUACAUGUUAUCUUCUGUAGAAAAAUGAAGACUCAACAAGGUUUAGAUAUCAUUACCAGACUUCAAGCAGUCCAGAACAGACCUGGCAUUCGAGCCACUCUAGCAGAAAAGUUUGUAGAAAUUUUCAACUGGUAUGAAGCGGAUCUAGAGGAGGUUCAUCAGAUAUAUGAACAACAUAAGGAAAACCCACAGUUGGUUAGAAAUGCCCCUCCUGUAGCUGGAGCAAUUCAUUGGUCGAGACAAUUAUUGAAGCGUAUCGAGGAUCCUAUGAAGAUAUUCAGGGAUAACAAGGCUAUUACACAACUUGGAGAUUUUGGACGUAUAGUUCGUAUCUAUAACAGACUAGCUACGGCUCUUGUUACAUUUGAGAGCUUGUGGUUUACUCAGUGGAAGGGUCGCAUAGAUCAAGCUCGGAAUGGUUUAAGGGCCACAUUGUUUGUACAUCAUCCAGUUACUAAUGAGAUUGUUGUCAAUGCUGAUGAAAGUAAUAGGAAGUGUGUCGAGCUAAUUCCAGAUCCAUUGAAGAACUUUGUUUCACCCCUCAUAACAGAGUAUGUGAACCAGCAAUUACAGCCAGGCCUCAGUACACUUGCAUGGAACAGUAUGAAUAUAGAUGCCUUCCUACAUCAGAUACACUCAGCAACAACAAAGUUGAAGAACAUGCAGAAACAAGUAAAUGAUGUGAUGGAACAGAAAGUAUUCAGUACCCUCGACACAAUCACAAACUUCUAUCUCUUUGAUCAUGAGCUUGCCUUCUCUAGAGCUUGGCCACCAGAGUUGUUCCGUGAAGAAAUGAUGCGUACAGCAGUAGAGAGAAGUAAUAUGCUACAGGACUAUGUAGAAACUGUCAUGGAGGGAUUACAGACUGUUUCAAACAUCCUCGCUGUCAAGAAGGCAUAUUCUCUUGUUGGAAUGUCCAUGUCCAACCUGUCAGCCACUGCCUUUGUAUCCAAGAAGAAAGCAAACUCUAUGGAAAGUGUGAAAAAAUGCAUCACGAGAAGAGAAUGGUCUGCUGAGAAUCUCAGUAUGCUGCCGGACCCUCAUGGUAAAGGUAAGAGGGUAUCAGUGAUUGUAGACCCAGAAGAGAUAGAGAGGGAGAGAGUUAAAGCCCAACAAGAGGAACAACUUGUCCUUGAUCUCAUAGCAUAUUUCCGUGACCAUGUUUAUGAAGCAGUUCUAUCAGCCACGUCUAAGUCCCUGGCUCUGUUAGCGGAGUCUUGUGGGUGUGAUAGUGAAGUUGUACGUGUGAUCAGUGCCAUGUCUAAUCAGUCUAGUGAUGCCAGUUCACCGUCACCUAGGAACUGGGGUAGCCGAGCUGGUACCCCGGUAAUGGACGGGGAAGGUCGGGCACAAUCUGCUGCCAACUCACGCCCACUGUCUAGUCUUUCACAAUUAUCUACCAUGACUUGGACAACAGAAAAAACUCACCAAGUCACAUUUCUACAGUUUGAGGUAGAGGUGAAGUUUAGUAUACCUACAAUCAGUGUUGAGCCAACAUUAGACGUAGCACAGACCGCCGUGGCCGAUGUGGCCAAAUGUGUCAUUGAAUCAAACAGAAAUAUUGUAUGGAUGAGUGAGCGUGGAGAGGAGAGUUUCUAUGAUCUCAUAAAUGAUGAUGAAAAUGUUGUAGACAUGAUGUCACAGUUAGCCUGUGUUGUUCAAGAUUUAGACCCGGUGGUGAACAAACACCUGUUCCAUUUCUCUUAUUACAACUUCCUGUGGAAGGAUGACAUGCAUGGUAACUUCAAAGAGUUUAUAAGUAGUGAUCCAGGAAUAUUUGCUAUCAAACGUGAGGUUGAAAGGUAUCUAUAUAUUGAGAAGAAGGUGUUGGGUAUUCCAAGGUCACUGCCUGUUGGCCCUAUCCUGUUACAAACAGACCCAAUCAAGGAUGCCCUACAUGGAUUCUCUAUGGCCUGGAAGACACAGUUUGCCUCUGUUCUACAUGAAGAGGCCAAGAAAAAGUUGGACCAGGCAGUAUUGUAUAGAUCUAAUGUACGUAACAGAUUAGAACUUCAUGUACAAACACUCGAUCAGUUGAACAGUGCACUUCAUCUACUAGAGGAGCUCAGAGAUAUGGAAAACAAAAUUGAUGGCAUUUAUUUGCCCAUUGAAACUAUGUACACAAAGUUACGAGAGUUUGAAUUAAGAUUGCCUAGACAGGAAGUAGAAGAGGUUGAUGCCCUCAGAGAGAACUGGACUGAACUGAUGGACUUGGCUGAACAGGUCAGAGAAGUACUUCUAAAAGAACGAAGAGGAGCAUUUGAACAAGAACUGGAUAAACAAGUGAAGACAUUUGUUGUUGAGGUUAUCCAGUUCAGGAAUGCAUUUGAUGCGCAGGGACCGGCAGUCCCUGGUAUACCACCUGCCGAGGCUGUUUCCCGCCUGCAAGACUUUCAACAAAGAUACCAUCUGUAUGACUCAAAAAGGAAAACACUUGACUCUGUCUCUAAACUGUUUGGUAUUCCAUGUAAACCAUUUGCAGAAUUAGAUAAAACAGGGGAGGAACUAGAUUUGUUAAGUCAGCUGUAUGGACUGUUCCAGAAGUUUAUUAGGUUUGAUACAAGGUUCAGGGAUACAUUGUGGGCUGAGGUGGAUCUAGAUGCUUCAUAUAAGGAGAUAAUAAACGAGGAUAGUGGGGUUGAGAGCUACUGGGACGAGUGUUUAGCCCUGCCAAGCAAGUUAAAAGACUGGGACGCAUAUAAUGAUCUCAAAUCUAAACUACAAACCUACCUAGAGGUGUUCCCACUCCUAAACAGUUUGGCUGCAAAGUUACGUACUGGUGAAGAAACUCCUUCUAUACGGGAAAUCAGAAAUCGUCAUUGGCUACAAGUGAUGCAUGUCACCGGAAGUUCGUUCCAGUUAGAAGCCAAUGUGUUUAGACUAUGUCACCUACUGGAUAUUGGUCUUAUAAAACAUAAAGCAGCAAUAGAGGAAAUAUGUCUCGGUGCAAGCCGAGAACUUGAACUUGAGAUCAAGAUGAGAAUGACCGAGGAGGAAUGGACGGAACAGGUGCUUGCCUUCGAGCAUUACAAACGUCGUGGACCUAUAUACUUGGAUAAAGUGUUUACUGAGAGGUUGUUAGAACAACUUGAAGAUGCACAGGCCUUACUGGCUAACAUGCUCACAUCAAGAUAUAUCGGUCCACUGAGGGAUGAGGCAGCCUCAUGGGCUGAGAAGCUAAAGGAAGUGGCUGAGGUGCUUGAACUCUGGUUAGAGGUGCAAGAUUUGUGGCAAUAUCUGGAAGCUGUCUUCAGUAAUCAAGUGGCUGCUAGAGAGCUACCACAGGAGGCUAAGAGAUUUGCUCGUAUUGACAAGAGCUGGACAAAGAUGAUGAAGCGGGCAUUUGAUACAAGAAAUGUUCUUCAGUGUUGCUAUGGUGGAGAAGUACCAAAGGCAGUAUUACUACGUCAUGUUUAUGAAGAACUUGAAAUUUGCUUCAAGUCACUGGUUGGUUACCUAGACAACAAGAGGCGUGUGUUUCCAAGGUUCUAUUAUGUCUCUGAUCCUAUACUGCUUGCCAUCUUGAGUAGACCAACAGACCUGGAAUCUGUAAAACCUCAUCUCAAAUCAAUAUUCAGCAGUAUAAAUGAUGUAAAGCUGGAAGAAACCCGAGCAGGUCCUAUAGAACCCACAGAUGAGGUUGGCUUCCCUGGCUCUGGAGGAGGGCUCAGAUCCACUACCCCACACAGUCGAGCAAAAACAUCUAGUGUACUCUCCGCUCAAAACCGAGGGGAAACCCCACCAAAAAUUGAUAAAAGACUCACUCAAGUUUAUAGAAAAAAGGGAUCUUCAUCAGAAUAUACAAAGAAAAGGAAAGGAUCAACAUCUGAGCCUGAGAAAAUGAAGAAACCAACAGCUGCAGAUUCUGUGCAAAUGAAUCCGUGGUCAGGUAUAAUAAUUGAAUAUGCGAAAAAAAACGCAAUAGUAGAAGAUUCUCGUAUUAAUAUGAACCCUAGUGCCCUCCAGCAAGGUCCGACGUACCUGCCCUCGGAGGGUAUAAUGGAGGAGAUUGUUAUAAAAGACGCUGUUUCUGUAUCCAGUGCUGACGGAGAAUCAUUCCUUCUCAGUGAAAAGGUGACGUUAACAGACGAGGUGGAAAUCUGGUUGUCAAAACUACGUGACUCCGUAUGUAAGACUAUACGAGAGAUGAACAUUGCAAUCAUACAAGAUUGUAACAACGGUGUUCCCAUAGAUGAGUGGGCGGCAAAGUAUCCAGCUCAGGUAUGCAGAUUGGGUUUGCUGUACCACUGGACAAAGGAAUGUGACAUGGGCAUUACUGAGAUUAAAUUUGACAGAAAAGCUCUGCAAGGAACGUUAAAGAAAUAUAUCGGUACUGUAUCAAAGCUGCCCACUGUGCUAUCUAGAGGUCAAUGGAGGAAUCUGGAGGACCCAAUGUUACCUCUACAUAAAAACAGGCUGGAAUGUAUGAUCACCUCAUCACAGUUUUUACGAGACGCCCUAGAUCAGCUAUGUCAGAGGAAACUGAGAGAGGUGUCCGACUUUGAGUGGCGUAGAAGUCUCAGAUGUUAUUAUCAGCCAAUCGUGGAGCAGAAGUUACCUACGUCUGGUAACAAUAGUAAUAGUGCCACACCAGAAAUCAGUGAGGAGAGAUAUGAACCUCUGAUCUGGAUAUUGGACACCUCCUAUCAGAAUGGUAAUGAAUUUUAUGGUAUGAACACUGGAGUAGCCCUGACUCCAGUGACAGAGAGAUGUUUCUUGACCAUGUCUCAGGCAUUACAGAGGUACCAGGGUAGUGCAGUUACAGGACCUGUUGGUGCCGGUAAAACAGAAACUGUCAAGGGAUUGGCAAACAUUCUAGGUCAGUUUUUAGGAGUGUUCCAGUGUUCUGAACAAACUGACCCUACAAGUCUGGCCAAGAUCAUCCAGGGCACAGCUAUGGAUGGUUGUUGGUGUUGUUUUGAUGAGGCUCAGGCUUUAGGCAACAUUGCUAUGGCUGUUAUGUUCGAACAUUUAGAGGCGGUCACCUUCGCACUUAAGGCUAGACAUACUUUCGCCACACUAACUGAUGGUCAAGAGAUUGCAGUGAAGAGAACUACCUCAGUACACAUGACUAUUAACUUGUCAGAUACACAACCUAUCUCCACCAAACUUGGCAACGAUAUACGUCUCCUGUUCCGUCCUGUAUCAGUCAUCAAACCAGACAUGGGUAUGAUCAUGCGAGCCAAGUCUGCAGCACUCGGCUUCAAGGCACCGGUAGUCCUUGGUUCAAGACUCAAAGUCUUAGCUGAACUUGCCAAAGAUCAACUACCCGCUGAGGUACAACAUCAUUUCAGUGUGGAGGCCCUGGUUGGGGUUCUGAAAAAGGCAAUGUUAAAACGUAAAUACAUACGAGAUGAGAAAACUCAGGAUAAGUUGGAUCUUAGAGGGAAAGAAGAAACAUCCAGAUCAAAUAGCCAGGCCUCAGAUAGCAGACCUGUCUUACCACAACAAAGCUCAACUGAACCCAGAUCUCGUGUUUCACUGUUUACUCAGGGCAAUGUUAAGAUGGCAGCUGGUGCCCAUAGAAAGACUGGUACCCCAAAUCCUAUGACAGCAGCAGGAAAAGUUGAGCAUGCCCUUGUUGCCCAAACCAUUGAAGAAAUCAUGGCUCCAAGACUCACAGGGGAGACGAUGCAGAUAUUCAAGAACAUAGUGAAGGAUACUUUUGCAGCACUACCAGAUUCUCCUCCAGUUAUUGGUACAAUUUCUGCUCGUACACGAGGGUUUGACAUAGAUCAAGCUCUAGAAAAUAAGGCCAAGGAGCGUGGUCUGAUCCCACAUAAACCCUGGCUCUCCAAGUGCAAUCAACUAUAUAACCUCUCUAGUAUACAUCAUGGCUUGAUAGUGGCGGGUCCGCCAGGUGCUGGUAAAAGUACAUGUAUUCAAACCUUGAUCGAUGCUUUGUCUUCGGCCCCUAAAGCCAACUUGUCCCGAGUUUCGUCGGGCAGCAAGGGAUCAUCAUCGUCAGAGAAGAUGCACAAACUGAUUCGUAUAAACCCUCUCGUGGUGGACGAGUCUGACCUCAUGUUUGGCUACCUCACCCCCAGUAAUGACUGGGUCGAUGGUAUCUUCACAAAUGCAUGCAAGAAAGCUAACAGGAAUUUGAGUAAAACUUGGUUAUGUCUGGAUGGUCCAUUAAAUACAGGAUGGGCAGAUAAUUUCAACAGUGUCCUCAACUCUGAUAAGGUGCUACAUUUGAGAAAUGGUGACAAAUUAUUCCUGUCAGAUAACAUCAACAUUAUCUUUGAGACUGCCCGACUUCCAGAGGCUUCUCCUGCAACUGUUGCCAGAUGUGGUAUAUUGUACAUUGACAAAGAUGUGGUAGGAUGGAAGCCUAUAGCUAAGUCGUGGCUGGACAGCCGCACACCACAAGAGAUCCAUGAGAAGGAUGAGGCCAAGAGUAUCAGAUUGUCCUAUAGGGGAACACCAGUCAGCAGUACUAAAUUCAAUACUACACCAACAGAUGACAGUGUAGAAGCUAUAGACAAUGCUAUAAGAGAGAAAACUGUUGAAGGGGUAUUACAGCGUGCCUUCCAGAAAACACUUGAUCCCGUCAUCAACUUUGUACUUAAUGAUGCUAAACCCAGGUUAAAGUUGUCAGAGGUGGGGAUGUUUAAGACAUGUCUCGGGCUACUGGCAGCCAUGUUGGCAGACAACAUCGAGAUUGGUGGCGAACUUCAUAUUGAACGUCUGUAUCUGUUCUGUCUUAUCUGGACAUUUGGUGGACUUCUAGAUGCAAAUGAUCGUAAAUCAUUCAGUGACCUACUGAAAAACACUUUCAACAGCGUAAGAACAUAUUUGCCAGACGAUGAUCGUGACAUUUGUGUAUUUGACUACUAUGUUGACGAGUCAGGAGAAUGGGAUCCCUGGAUUUCUCGUGUUCCGGAGGCCGUGUAUGCAGAUAAUCAGAACAUGUUAGGAGAAGUGUUUGUAGAUACUGUUGAUACUAUACGUACCAGAAUUCUAAUGGACUUUGCUUCGGCCUCAGGCCAAAAUGUUCUGCUUGUUGGUCCACCAGGAUCGGGAAAGACUACUCUGAUUGAUGAAUUCAUGGAUUUCCAAGAUUCAGCAGACAGCAUUUGUAAGCGGCUAGUAUUUUCUGGGGCAUCAACAGCCAAACAGUUACAGCAAUUUAUUGAGGCAAAUAUCUACCAUAGACAAGGUUUCGUGUAUGGUGCGAAGGAGAACAAGAUGUUGAAAGUGUUUAUAGAUGAUGUGAAUCUACCAGUACCUGACCAGUUUAAUGUGCAGAGAUGUAACCAGUUGUUACGACAGUUGCUGGAUGACAAAGUAUUAUGUACGCAGCAGAAACCAUUUGAGUGGAAGACAGUCGAAGGUUUGAACAUUAUAUCUGCCAUGUCAAUGAGUGAACAUCCCAGUGUCAAUAACCAGAUGCUCUCAUCAAGACUCUUGCGUCAUUUUGCUGUAUUUAACUUACCUGGACCACAAGAUGAGGCUCUUAAAUCAAUUGUACAUGGAAUACUUGAGGCUAAUGUAACGGACAACGACAAACCAGGUUUAGAGAUAGAUCUACACAACAACAUAGUGAAGGCCUCGUGUCAGAUCUUACAGGCGUUACAGAAUGUGUUGAGACCUACACCACUGCCUGGUAGAUACCACUACUUGUUUACACUGAAAGAUCUUACCACAUGUUACCAAUGUUUGAAAAGACUUCCUGAUGAAUCUAUGGCUGAUGAAAUUAUGGUUGUAUCACUAUGGAAACACGAGAUGAAUAGAAUCGUUCGAGACAGGAUAGCACGUAGUUCGGAUCUCAACUGGUUUGAUGAAAUCAUGGAGAAAACUAUUACUACGUUCUGGCCAAAACUGGACUCACCGUUGCACGAGCAUUUCGUCACAUUUCCAACAGAUGCUAGACUUUACCAGAGACCUGUUACAUCUAUGGGUGCCAAACAUUUCAAGAUACAGUUACAGCCAGUGGAGACAUUGAGAGAUUUACACUCAUGUCUACACAUGCAUCUGACAAGAUAUAACGAGGAAUUUGGCAAUGUCAGACUUAACAUCAUGUUGUCAGAUUUUGUCAUUGCCCACAUUAUCAGAGUUCACAGAAUACUCAGCUUCCAUCAUGGAGGGAACAUGCUUCUGGUAGGUGCUGUAGGCUCACAUCUAACUACCCUGUGUCAGUUAGCUCUUCAUGUAGCAGAUGUCAACACACUGAAAAUGGACACCUCCAAACAGAGCAACUUCUUUGAUGGUCUGAGAUCAGCUGUUAGACUGACAGGAUCGGAGGGGAAAAUACUCACUCUAGUAUUCACUGCUCGUGACUUGGAAGACCCAGUGUAUUUGGAUGCAAUUAACAGUGUUUUAAUCAGUGGAGAAUAUCCACACCUCUUCUCAAAUGAUGAACUUGAAGGUUUACUUAUGGCUAUUGGGCCGUCAAUGAAGAGGGAGUUCCCAAGCAUGUCGGUUGACCCUAUGAAGUUCUUUAUUGCUCGUGUUAGAUGUAAUCUUCACAUGAUUAUCUGUAUACAACCUGGACAUAAACUGCUCCAGAUUGCAUCAAGGCAAUACCCAGGCUUAUUGAGUGGUUGUAACAUUAACUACAUGUGUGAUUGGCCGCAAGAAGCUCUCCUGGGAGAGGCCUCAUACUUCAUUACCAAAAAAAAACCUUUUCAGAGGAUUUUUAAGAAACUUAGGGAAAGGAUGCCUUGGGCAGGUGACCUUAGCCCUGAAAUUACACUAUCUUCUGUUAAACAACAUGAGAAGAAGAAAGAACAACUGAAAGUGACAAGUGCCAAAGUCCCGAACCUUCCAUACUCCAAACUUAUUCUAAAUGAGAGAAUCAGUUGUGGGGCCGACCUUUUCCCAGAUUCCCUGGAGAGUUUCAGAUUCUUGUAUACCCUCAAAUCCAAAGAAAGAACUCAAACUGUGGAGCAACUCAAGAAAGUACUAGCCACACUGGAUCAGACACGAAGUGAUGCCAAAGUGAUGAAAAAAGCCAUCAAGAAUACAACUGGGAAGUUUGAAGAUGCCAAAGUACGGACAGAGGAAUUGUUAGAGAAAUUGACACACAAAGCGACAAUUUUGGAAAAACUGAAAGCUAAAGUAGGAUUAUCUACAUCACUAGAUGCUUACCUGCAUCUGAACGAAAUGGAAGCAGAAGAGGUAGAAGAAGAUGAACUUCUCAAACAAGAAUAUAAUUAUUUACAGGUGUUGCAUUGGAAAGGUAAAGUAGACAGAAAUGUGAUCGAAAGACUUCGAGCAUUUACAAGUCCUCCUGUUCUUGUUGGCAUGGUGAUGGAGAUGAUCAUGAUCUUGAUUGGUAAACGCUUACCUUCACAAAGGAUUGAGAUGAAGGAUUAUGGCGGGAAAGAUGACAACAUGUCAAGUAGAAUGUCGUCAAGCUCCAGUGGGACCAAGAUCAUGAAGAAAAUGGAAUACAAAAUUGCGGGUAAGAAAGAUGAGACAGGGCGAGUAGAUAGAGCCCAAUGGAAGGCAAUGGUAAACACUAUGUCAGACUCUACAAAGUUUGUUGACAUGUUACAUAAUGUGUCAUGGGAAGAUGGUUUACCAGAGGAUGUUCUUAGAGCUGUGGAGAGUUGUCUCUCCCAGGGUAAAGACGGAGAACUUGGUGUCACUGGGGAAGGUUCUCUACUGGAAAAUGCUCAAGAUGUAAACAUUCAUGCUAAGAAGAGAACGCCAUCUCCCGAUAACACUAAAGGUAUCACAAUAGCCGGUGCCAAAUACUCGAGCGAGGACUCCGCCACCCUGGUACAGUACACUAUAGCUAUCGUAGAGUAUACAAGAAGAUGUGGUCCACUGAAAGCUUCUCUAGAACGUAUGAAUGAGUUACAACGAGAAAUCGAAGAAAAUGAUCGGCUACAGAAAGAAAAAGAACAAGAGGCUGAGUUUGAUCAGGCAGUUCGUGGAGAAACAUUCCUCGAAAUGGAACUCAUAUCCAUGAAUGAAAGGCUGAAGGCUGCUACAGAAAUGGUUGACGUUGGAUAUCAUGGCAACUUGAGAUACUCCCUAACGACCACGCCCUCAAUGUUGGAGAAUGCAUGUUUCCUGAAUGCAAGGAGAGAGAAAAAUCGUUCUUUAGCUAGAGAACUUGUUUUAGCCAGACGGCAGUUUCCCAUUAUUGGUAAAGACUGUGAUAUCACGAAAUUGGCGAAGGGAUUGCAAGAUUCCCGAUAUCCAUACAGAGAUGCUCAGAUUUCAUCAACGGAAAAAACAGAUUUAAAAUCAUUGAGAGACAGGAGAAUAUGGAGUUUCUGGACAAAACUAGAGAAACAGAUGAGAACUAACCUCUCUAGUGAUGUUAGACUUAUGAAUGACCUCCAGGCAACCAAAAAACUGGCAGAACUCAAGAAACAGUAUGAUGAGACUGUGGAGACACAAACCCGAGUUGAGAUGAGUGAGGGUUCUAUAUUGAAGGCGAGAGAUGGUUUCCGAUCAAUUGCUCAGAGGGCCGCUGUGUGUUUCGAUGUAACUCAGUACAUGCGUGAAGUGAAUCCACUUUAUCAGAUCUCUUACAAUAGAUUCCUUGAUAUAUACGAUGCUGCCAUUAGCCAUUCUGAAAGGUCGGCAAUUAAAGCUGUUCUAGAGAAAGUGACCAGUAAUGCAUACUACUACACUGCUAGAGGUGUCUUUGAGAGAGAUAGAUUCAUCUAUGCCCUUCUUCUUGCUAUUGAGGUUGAAGAUUCUCUUGAUCGUCUUGGUCCUGGUGAAAGAGAGUUUCUUAUCUCCCCUGACUACAGUUCAGUAGUGAUGCUCUCCCUUGGUCAUAUUCAACAAUCUCAGGAGAACAAGAUUACCCAGACCAAGAAGCCAUUUGAUUGGAUGACUGAUGACCAGUUCCAUAACCUUCAAGUGCUAGCUACACAUUUCGAAUGGUUUCAGGAAAUGUUUGAUCGCAUGCCGAAAGAUGGUCGUGAGACACAGUGGCGUAACUUGUGCGAGACUGACAGUCCUGAUACGACACCUCUACCGGACAAGAUGGACGAGGUGUAUAAACCCAUGCAACGUUUGUGUGUAGUACGUGCUGUCAGAAGCGAUAAAAUCAUGCAGGCUUCUACUGUGUUUAUAAACGUUGUGCUUGGCAAAAAUAGUUUACCAGCACCAGCUGGUAGAAAGGGGUAUUAUGGAGACGUGGGGAUAGAUUUCCCAGUAUUGGUAAAACAGAGCUCACCAAUGGUACCCAUUAUGCUCCUAUACACAAGAGAGGCGGAAGUGGCCUUGAAAAUGUUUAAUGACUUUUCGUACAAGAAACAAAAUAAAACUCUACAAGUAUCAGUUACUGACAAUAAUCCGAACACUGAACGAACUGCUAGAAAAUAUCUACAGAAAGGAAUGGCAGAGGGAAUGUGGGUGUUAUUACACAAUGCUCAAAAUGCCCCUCAACUGCUGCUCUCAUUGGAGAGUAUUCUAGAAGAACUUUCUGCGACAACCCCUCCUGACCCUCAGUUCCGAGUUUGGAUCUCAAGUCAAGCCAUACCAGAAGUACUUCCUGUCAGGCUCAUACAAAACUCAGUCAGGACCAUCUUAGAUUCACCAAAGGUGAUGAAAGACAGUAUAGUACGGUCAUUUAGCAACUUUGAGCCAGAUAUAUUGAAGCAGUCAACACGAGCAGAGUGGCCAUUGAUGUUACAUAACCUAUGUUAUCUACAUGCAGCUAUACAACUACGAACAAGGUUUGGUUUUGGAGGCUGGAAUAAUCCUGCUGAUUUCCUUCAUAUUGGAAACUUCGAAAUUCAGGAAUCUCUAAAUUUUAUAACCAGUGAGUUUAAGGACCAGAUAAUGUUUACAGCACCAGAUGGUACCCAACAAUCUAGGAUUACUUCAUGGACUGGAAUACGAUACAUGCUGUCUGAGGUAAUUUAUGGCAGUUACUCGACAGAUGUUAAUGAUCAGCAAAGUCUCAGUGCUAUGGUAGACUACUGGGUCUCACCUACUGCUGUCAAGAAAGAUUUUGAAGUUGCACGAUUGAAGUAUCGUCAUCCGGCUGCGUUUUUCAAUCCAAAUGUUCGUCUAAACUCGUUAAUUCAAGCACUUGAAGGAAUCAACUACCACUUCCUGGAUGUUCCAGAAGCUUGCCAUAUACAUCCAAAUGUUGAGAACCAUGAAAUCUCCUCCCUGACUCUUCUUGGAGAUGAUCAGUACGUGUUUACACGUUUGAAUCGUGUAUUUGAUAGUAUGCCUUCAACUGACACACUUACACAUAAACUUUUCCCCAGACCACCCACACCUUUCGAAGGACCAGCUCUGGCAGGGGUUAGCGCACAGAGUAAUAACCCAGCAGUUGUAGGUCAAGGUGUGUUUGCCACGGCAAGUUUUGCUACUUUCAAGAUGAGGAAAGAUGUGGAAUUGUGGGAAAUCUGCUUUACCAUGCUACAGAAAGUGCCAAAAGCUUAUAACAAGGAUUACAUAGUAGAGAAGGUAAAGAAACUAGGAGGGUUUACAACAUUUAACUGUUACAUCAUGAAGGAGUUGGAGACAAUGUAUAAACUUCUUACAGAAAUCAAACAGACACUCACUAUGAUCAGAAAUGCCUGUGAGACAGACAGCCUUGGUGAUCAGGUGUCGGAUACAGUUCUCUCGGCAGCAGACGACUUGUAUCAUCUGCGUAUCCCACGAGUCUGGUGUAAAAUGUCCGGUCCCUCCGCACCUCCACUCACAUGGGGGCUUGGAUCCUGGCUCAAUGAACUCCAAAACAGAUGUCAUCACUUUGAGAAGAUUCUUAUAUUGGGUCGUGAAAAGAUGCCUGCGUAUUGGUUAGGAGCAUUCUUCAAUCCUCGUGGUCUCCUGGCAUUAAUGAAACAAGAUUAUAUAAAGCAGUAUUCUAAUGACAGAUCAGGAAACUUUGAACAGUUCGUCUUUCAAACAGAAGUCACAUCUAGAGACAAAGAUCAUUUACGAGACCCACCACAAGAAGGGAUGUUUGUGUAUGGUAUAUAUAUAUGGGGCUGUGCCUGGGAGAAGACUACAGGAGAGCUACAAGAUGCCCCGCCACGUAGUGGAUAUGCUACACUUCCAGUCGUUCACCUCACAUGCUGGCCGGCUAAUGAAAAACCCAUCUUACAGGAUUCAAACCGAGCCGCAGAAACGUACCAGUGUCCUGUGUAUGCAUCUAGAAUAGCUACACGCGAGCCUAUAAUGGAGCUUGACGUACGGCGUGAGGGAAUUCCGUCGGCUAGAUGGUCUCUGAGAGGUCUCUCAGCCACGAUACGACCGUAUUAACUGAAAAUACUCGAACCAUAUAAAACAUAUAUAAAGUCUAUGUACAUUUAUCAAAAUAUAAAACGUGUGUGUAUUCUUUGAGGAGUAAAAAAAAUACAAAAAGUGGUGAUGAAUAAUGUGAUGAAAUUAAAAAAAUUGAUGUAUUAUAAAAUCGAGUUUAUAACAUUGAGAAGGGUGCAUUUCUUAUUUAUUUUUUAUGAAACUUUUUGAUAUUACAAUAAAAAUUGUAAAAUAAAAUUGAUAUGCAAUGUACAUGUUUAUGUCUUUUGUGAUGCAAUUACUAUGUCUGCCAUGUUUAUAGAUUAUUCUCGAUUUAUUUUUAUCAAAAUUAUAACCAUGUAUUAUAUAUUUUGUUCAUUACCUGCUGUGAUUGUAUUAUAUGACAAUUUUGAUUGACUGCCAAAGGGUCUGAAGUGCUCCAUUCCGUCCAUUUACAUUGUUACAUUUUUGUUGUUGUUUUUAUUCACAUUAUCAUUUAUAUUUUGUGA